AUGAAACAGAAAAGUCUCAUCAUGGGCUCUUCUAAUGAAAUGAAUUUGCUAGAAUUAGCACAUCAUUUAAGACAAGAAUAUUUGUUUGUUUCUUCUGAGAGAGAACACCUCCAACAUCUAAAUGAGAAGGCAGUGGUCGACGAAAUUCAACAUCUGCUGGAGGAUCACAAGUAUGUCCUGGGGGUCAGCCUGGACAUUUCAAAAGCGUUUGAUAGUGCUUGGUGGCCCCUAGUUUUACGUCGUUUAUGUCAGAUAAAUUGCCCUCGUAACAUCUACAAACUAUUAUGUGACUAUUUGAAAGAUCGCAGAGCUAUUUUAUGUUAUGGACAACAUCAGGUCAUCAAACCCAUCACUAAGGGAUGUCCACAGGGGUCUGUCAUAGGACCCCUUUUGUGGAACAUUACAUUCGAUGCUUUUCUUAGUGAGAACUUUGGGCAAACUAGCAGUUAUGCUUAUGCUGAUGAUGUCUUCUUGCUGCUGGGGGGCCGGUCUAGGUCUGACCUCGAGGGUAAUGCCAACAACAUGCUUCAGCAUGUCAGCAAUUGGGGUGUAAAGCAUAAGCUAUAUUUCAAUCCUGUUAAAACCAAAGCAAUAGUGUUUAAUAAAUCAGGUCAUCCCAAUCUGUAUCGACGUCCUCCGCACAUCAAGAUGCAGGGCAAUACAAUUAAAGUGGAACAGACCCUAAAAUAUCUUGGGGUUAUUUUGGACUUCCGCCUGUCCUGGGAUAGGCAUAUUGACUACAUUACAAACAAGACUGGAUUAGUUAUGCAGUCUUUUUCGCAGGUGGCCCGGAGAGACUGGGGCCUCUCUAGCGACGCUAUGUCUAUAAUUUAUGAUAGUAUCUACAUACCGGUGAUUACCUACGCGUGUGGCACUUGGGGGUGGGCCACACGCAAAGUUCAUCCUAAAAGAAAGCUCGUCUCCUCCCAGCGUCGUGCCUUAUUACUCAUCACAAGAGCAUAUAAAACAACUAGUAAUAGUUCCCUCCAAGUCCUGGCAAAAAAGCCACCUAUAGACACCUAUAGACUUUCUAUCCUACAAAAGCGACGACUUCGACAAUUAAAAUGGGGAGGCACAGUAGAGAUUACUUCGUGCACCAUUAAUUAUAAUGACAUCGAGUGGCCUUCCUCUUUUAAAGAAACUCGCUCACCAGGAGAAACUUCUGUAUGCAAAUUUACCAGUUCUGAGAAUGCCGAUAUACACGUAUUCACGGACGGCUCUCGUAUCAAUGAUAAUGUUGGGAGUAGUUUUGUCGCUUAUAUAAAUAAUAUUGAGGUCCACCACCAAAUGUACAGACUUGACAGCAGGUGCACCGUGUUUCAAGCCGAGCUAUAUGCUAUAGGGAUGGCCAUUGACUACAUUAAUCACAACUACAGUAAUAUUCAUGUGCACAUACACACUGAUUCUCGGUCAGCUCUAGAUCUGCUGCAGAGCAACAAGUUACAUCCUCUGGCUGAUUACAUUAAAAAUGCAACCCAAUCUUCUGAAUGCACCUUUACCAUCACAUGGAUAAGGGCUCACCAGGGAGACACUGGAAACGAGAGGGCAGACUCCCUGGCUAAGGAUGCAGCCUUGAACGGUUCUUUACAGAUCACCUAUAACAAGAUCAGCCUGCGAUCGUUACACCACCUUCUCUGGAAUGACACAAUAGAACUUUGGCAAAACACUUGGAAUCAUAACUCUGAACAUAUCACCUACAAGUUCAUCCCAGAUCUUAGACAAUUUUUAAAAACAAAUUGGCAUACUCCAGACUACUGUACAUUGCAAAUCUUUAGUAACCAUGGAAAAUACGCGAGCUAUCUUGCUCGUUUCACAAACAGAUCUUCUGAGCGAUGCCCAAUUUGUGACACAGAAGACGGUGCCUUACAUUAUCUAUUUGAUUGUGUCAUCUUAGACCGUGAUCGUCUCGAACUGCAACUCCUCCUACAAGAACUUGGUGUUAUGUGGCCCUGUCACCCUUCGGAUAUCUGGCACACUAAAGAAAUCUUCUACGCCUUCAGGAAACUGGCAAGGCAAAUCAACUUUGUCACGCACAAGAUUAUUAACAGUUAACUCUUCUUGUACUUGGACAUUUCCAUUUGCUUGUUUCUCACAUGUAUAUUGUUCACUCCUACACGCGUUAAGAUUGUCUCGAUAGAAUUAAUUUAUCUGUAUUUUAAUGUUACAUUAAACAUGUCUGUUUGUCCUCCCUGUAUGUUCUACACGCGACAAGAACUGUCGCGUUCCUUAAUUCAAUUUGUUUUUCUCUUUUGUUGUUAAAAAUCUAUGUAUAAUGUCUUUCAGUUUCGAUGUAUUUAUCUUGUAUAUUACUGCUAAUUUUGAUGUUCUUCCUCCCUGGUAAUGCCUAAAGCAGGACCAGGGCAUGUACAACUCAUUCAGUACGAAUAAAUAAAUUGAUUGAUUGAUUGAUUGUCUGAAUCUGGACAUGAAUUGGGGAAACCUCUUGUGGCUGGUCAGUAUUUGUGUCAUAAGCCUAUUGCAGCACACCAGAGUGAGGCCAACUACAGGCACGAAGGCGUAGGUUGGCCUGCCUAACGUACUUUGAGUCCAGAGCUCUUGCCAGUUGGUCAUUGAUCGUUUCAGCAAAGUACCUUUAAUGUAAGUAGUCGAGGGUCCCACCGUCCUCAUUACAAAUGGGGCGCUAGCUCUCUCAAGUUGUAGCAAGAAGUGCUACAACUCUGAUACGAAAAACUGUAGUAUUCAUUUCACCUGAAGAUGGUAUCUAUACGUUACUGAAAGUACUAGUGAACUUUUUAUAUUUAUAUUUUAAUAAUUCACUGUGGUAAUGCCACAACACAUAAGUGAUUUUACAAUAAUUCAAUACAUGUGUU